CUUGAUUUCGGUCCGAAAACAUUGAAUAACGAUACCGCGGUGGCAAAUUCUUCAAGAAGUAGACCUUCAUCGGCUACAUCUACCUCCAAUACUAGUCCCAACAAAAGGAGACGGAUACAGCACAUCAUAGGGUCUCAUCAAGGACAUGAUGACGACCCAGCAAAACUUGCACCACAAAAGAUCAAAACGACAAGUAACGUGUCAAGGUCCUUGUCAUUAUCACCGCGCGGUGAUCAUGUCCGAGGGGUCGAAAAAGUAAACAUCAAAAAGGGAAAAGCACGAGGGACCACAGUAGCCUACCCACGCUCAGGGAGGAGAAUUCCUAAUCGCCCUGGUUCAGCACCUGACGCAGAGGCAGAGUUGUCGCGACAGCUUGGAAAAGACGAAGCAUCCGGAGAUAUCGCUCCAGUUACUGCUGAUGGGCUUCUAGUACCUCUAGAGGAAUCUCUCAGAAACAGCUACACUGCCGCAGAGACGAUUGCAACAGAAAAUACGAACGAACUGGUCGGCCAGCACUCCACAACCAUUCUUCUUGGUGCAUCUUCUAAGAGUCGAGAUGCCCUACCAGAGACGAUCCCCGAAGAUGAAGAUGCUGCACCUAAAACACAUACGGCGAUUCCGAAGAGUCGUAGGACUUUGGCGGGUGCUGACACUGAGAUUGUAAAGCGACCCAAGCUGCAGUGGAGCAAAACAUCCGGUGACCUUGGAGGUGGUGGAUCUUGUCGCAGUCGCAGAGUCGAAGACGAAGGCGGUUUGCGAGUCACGAUUGAGGACGAUACUCCCCGUGUCGCCGAAGUAAAUGGGACGAGUGAAGAAGAAGAUAAGGACGAUGGACAGCACCACAGGGAUGAACUACAAGAAAAGCAGCAAGAUCAUGAAGAGGAAAUAGGUCCCUUCCUCUGGUGUAAAAGUCCGACAUCCCCUGCGA